GAAAACCAGCACUUUUUCAGCUUUUUCUUCUUCUCCCGUACCCCCCCGGUCCCUAACGCCGUUAUAACGGCCCCCGCUCCCUUCUCUGCCGCGAAUGCGACGCCCGCCCCACUCGCCAGUCACGCCGUUAUAAGCGAGGCGCUCUCUCUCUCUCUCUCUCUCUCUCUCUGUGUCCUUCCUCUGUGCUCUCCCUCUCUUCCGUUGCAGAGAAACUGGAGCUGCUCUCUCUCUCUCUCUCUCUGUGAAGAAGCCCUAGGAAAUGGAUGAAAUUGCAUGAAAACUGUGGGCAGAAUUAUAUUGUUUUGAGAUUUGGAUGACAUCAUUGUUUAACAGCACUAGAUUGCUUCUAGACUUGAUGCACAACAAGUAGAGAAUGAUGGUCAGACAAAAUAGUUGCAUGUGAAAGAAUCAUGGGAUCAGCUUGCUGUGUUGCUUCCAGAGAUCGAACUGUUCCCUGCCGAACAGCCAAUGAGACUUUGCACAGGAAUAUCAUAUAUUCUCCAUCGUGGAGCUUCCGUUGGGAAAAUAGAAGACGUGUGGCUGGUGAAAUUGACAAUCCACCAUAUGAGUUAAAUCGUGGAAAUAGUGACUGUGCUCCCACUGAGAUUAAGGAACUGAUCAGUUCAAGACAAGGCCACAUAUCAGAUGGAAGAAGUCCGUUGGGAAUUGUCGGAGCUUCCAUCUCUCAACAGUCCCCAGCUCAUGAUGUAAUAGGAGCUGAUUCAGCAGCAUCAUUAUCUGAUAUAUCCCAGGCGAACAAUGAUUCUGCAGAGCUGAAGAAUGCAGCAGAAUCCCCUGAAUCAGUUGCUCCCAAGAUCUCAUUUUCUCCAACCAUACCUUCAUCCUUUUCAAUGCCAAUAGCAGAUCCAUUGUCUUCCCAUACUCCUGCUGUUCCUCCAAAUUCUACCCCCUCAAGACGGGCCCAAUGUUCAGCAGGACACCAGUUGUUGAGACAGAUUUCUGAUAGUCGGAUUUUGGGAAUGAAAUCACCAUGUAGGAACUCGAUAUCCGAAGGAAGACCAUCAUUUGUCCUGUCCCCUUGUAGCAACGAGUUCACUACUGGAUCCCAAAGUGGCUUUUCUGAUGGUUGGUCUAUGCGCACAUUUUCUGAGCUUGUGGCCUCUUCCCAGAAAGAGAGGUGGUCUUUUGACAGUGAGCAGUUCAGCUCUGGUUGUGGCAAGAUCAGUGGAUGUAGCAGCAGGUUCUCAUCUUCACCGUCCAUUGAUUUGCAAACAUGUGGCGCGUGUACUAAGCUCGUGACAGAGAGAUCAUCAUUUAGAAUUACCAGUAAUGAGGUUGCAGUGGUUGCGGUAUUGGUCUGUGGGCAUGUUUACCAUGCGGAGUGCCUAGAUAUGAUGACUCAAGAGACAGACCGUUAUGACCCAAACUGCCCAAUUUGUACGAUGGGAGAGAAGCAAGUAUUGAAGAUGUCCAAGAAAGCUGAGUUAAAGUCGCGGAGCUAUAAGAUAUUCAAGAAACGGGUUGGGGAUGGUGACUUGAAGAUCUUUGAUAAAGGGAAAGCGAUGGCACAAGAAAGAAAAAUUCCCAGGUUAGAAAUGAGUUCCAGUUCAGGGAGCUCUUUUGCAAAGCCCUUCUUAAGAAGGCACUUCUCUUUAGGAUCCAAGUGGGGCAGGUCCUUAUCAGAGAAUGAUUCUGCCAGGAAGAAGGGCUUUUGGUCGAGAUAUCGCAAAGAUUGAACAGUACUAAGAGUCAAUAUCUUUGAGGCGGUAUGCUGGGAGCGAUUGCUUGGUUGGGCUUUGAGCACUCCAUGGAGUCUGAUAUAUGGAGCUAAGGAACAGCAUUUUAAAUGCCGUUACCAUCAACGCCAUUAAUAUUGGGAGUGGAACAUGGGAUGUGAUGGUUUGGUUGCGGCAGUACAGGCUCCUGUUUUGCCCAUUCUUAUGCCAAAUUUCCAUUGAGGUCAGUUUCACCGUAGGCAGCAUGGGGCUUGAUUUUAUAUGCCCGCUAAUGGAGAUUACCUCAUUAGGUUACUGAUUGUAUAAUGUGAAUCCUACUUUGGAUUCAGGAGCAAUGCGAAUUACCUUAGUUUAUCUAAUGACAUCAUGGGCUGCUUAUGUAUUGAUCAGGCGGCUGUUAUGACAUGCUAUUUGAUGGCUAUAUAUUUAAAAUACUGCUGUACUUUGUAACUCAAA